GUGGUGUUGUGUUGUCCGCCUGUUGGUUCAUGGGAGGUCGAGCCCCUUCUUUCCUUCUCUCUCUCUCUCUCAAACGCACCAGUUGCAUUCUGUACUAUUUUUAUACUUCCCACCUAUCAUCUUCACCUUUUUCUCUGCAACUCUGGUGUGCGUUUUUCUCACUAGUCAAAAAACCUCCAAUGCUCAGAUUCUUCCUCCAUUCACGAUUUCAUUACCCAUAAUUUCCCAAUUCCCAAUUCCCAAUUCAAACUAUCAAAAAUGAAACCAAAUCACCCGCAAAAACCUAUAAUAGCCUGCCCUAACUCUACCUCCACCUCCACCUCUAUCCGCGGCGGCGCUUCUUCGGCUACAACUGGACCUGCCCUUAACAGCUUUACUUCUGAUGUGACUGGAAAAGGGAAGAACAUGUGGGAUGAGUUUGAUGAUCAAGAUGCCGGCGUUGAUGAGCUGUUGGCAGUGUUGGGAUACAAAGUUAAGUCGUCUGAUAUGGUUGAUGUUGCUCAGAAAAUUGAGCAUCUCGAAGGAGUUUUGGGGAACGAUGAUGGGCUGUCUCAAAUUGCUUCCGAUUCCGUUCAUUAUAAUCCUUCUGAUCUCUCGUCGUGGCUUGAAUCCAUGAUUUGUGAGCUUAAUCCCACAACUGAAGCACCAAUGAUUGACGAUUCCUUUAUGAACACCAGCUCAGCUAGCGCCGGCGCCGCUGCUCCCUCGCCGGGUUUAACAUCUGUUUUUGUGGACGAUCUGCAAGCAAUACCCGGUAACGCGAUUUACCCUCCGGCGAAAAAAGCAAAACAUUCUCCUUCUUCUUCAUCGGGUGCCACAUCCGCCUCGUCUUCAUAUAACUCGAAGCCUAAUCCCAACUCAAAUUCGGUGGUGCUUGUAGAUUCACAAGAAAAUGGGAUCCGGCUUGUGCAUACUUUAAUGGCGUGCGCUGAAGCUAUUCAACAAGAGAAUCUUUCUCUCGCUGAAAACUUGGUUAAACAAGCCGGGAUGUUGGCUGUGUCUCAAGCUGGCGCCAUGAGGAAAGUCGCUACUUAUUUCGCCGAGGCACUUGCCCGGCGAAUUUACCGGUUAGCACCACAGACGACGCAGGACUCUCCGGCGUUUCAAGAUCUCCUACAGAUGCAUUUUUACGAGACGUGUCCGUACCUCAAAUUCGCACACUUCACGGCGAAUCAAGCAAUAUUAGAAGCUUUCGCAGGGAAGAAGAAAGUUCAUGUGAUUGAUUUCAGUAUGAAACAAGGGAUGCAGUGGCCGGCGUUGAUGCAAGCUUUGGCUCUAAGACCCGGUGGUCCUCCAACUUUCCGCUUAACCGGAAUCGGGCCUCCCUCCGGUGACAAUACCGAUCAUUUGCAGGAAGUGGGAUGGAAAUUGGCUCAAUUAGCUGAUACUAUCCACGUUGAGUUUGAAUACAGGGGAUUCGUCGCCGAGAGCUUGGCGGAUCUUGAACCGGCGAUGCUUGAUUUAAGAGACGACGAGGUGGUCGCCGUUAACUCGGUUUUUGAGCUUCAUCAACUGUUAGCUAGACCAGGGGCGGUCGAGAAGGUUCUAUCGGCGGUUAAGGAAAUGAAACCGGUGAUUUUAACGGUGGUGGAGCAGGAAGCUAAUCAUAACGGGUUGGUUUUUCUGGAGAGGUUUACCGAGUCAUUGCAUUAUUACUCAACCCUGUUUGACUCGCUUGAGAGCAGUGGCACCGGCGGCGGAGGCGUUGAAGGAGGUGCUAUUUCUCCGGCGAGCAACCAAGAUAAAAUCAUGUCGGAAGUGUAUCUUGGAAAGCAGAUCUGUAACGUGGUUGCAUGCGAAGGACCAGACCGAGUCGAAAGGCACGAAACAUUGACUCAGUGGAAGGCUCGACUCGACUCAUCCGGUUUUGAAGCGGUUCAUCUCGGCUCCAACGCGUUCAAGCAAGCCAGCAUGUUGUUGGCUCUAUUCGCCGGCGGCGACGGCUACAGAGUUGAAGAAAACAACGGUUGUUUGAUGCUGGGUUGGCACACCAGGCCACUAAUCACCACCUCCGCUUGGAAACUCCGGUGAACUCGACCAAGUCAACUCGGAGAUGGCGUGCUAACUCAGUACCUGCAAAUCUUUAAAGAAAUAAAGAAUUCUCAGAUGGCCCACCUUAUGAUUUUUUCUUUUUAGUUUUCACAAAAGGGGUUCUUCUGUUUUAAUCUUUUUUUUAUAUCUUUUUUCAGUUUUUGAAAAUUGAGGGGUUAAAUUGGCAAUUAGUUGAAGUUUGAGGGUUUGGAGUAGAACCUUGUACUUUUCCGAGGGGUUGAACGAGAUAGGAUGAAAAUGAUACUUAAAAAGAUAACUUUCAUUCAAUCUCCUCCAUAAUAAUAAAAAAAAAAAGUUACUUUUUGGUGGGGGUUGUGCAUGUGAUGUAAAAAAGGAUCAAAAUUGGAGUUUGUGGGAUUUAAAGAAAUAAUCAAUUAAAUUAUGUGUACUUUCGUAUGUAUAGUAUCUUAAUAUUGAAAACGAUGUUAUUUUA